UGUCAAAAAAUGGACAGAAUAUUUAUUAUUACGAGUUAAUAUUAAGUAAAACGCAGUUUAUGAAAUGAGUCAUAUACCCGCUUUUUGCAGAAGUACCCAUUAUCAAUACAAAAUUGUAAGUCGCAUAAUAAAUUGUUGUCUAUAUUUUCGACUGUUGCCAAGAGAGGCCUACGCUUUAGAAGAACUAGCUUCUUGUUUUUGUUCGUUAGGAGCAGAACAAUUUUCAAAUUUGUGACCGCAGACAAGGCAGGAUCUGGAAUAUAGAAAAUAUCUGGACAUUAAUUUAGGCUCUAUGGCGGUACCUUUUCCCUUGGGCUGUGAUCCAGUUUCCCAGAGAAAGCCCUCAGAGGAGGAUAUCAAUUGUCCCAAAGUUGUUGAUGUAGACGGAAUUCCAUUGCCAGAAACCCUCAAAGGUAAUCCGGUGGAUCCUCCUGAUGGACCUCAACCAAGUGUAGGAGAUCCGCCAGGCCUUCUACCCAUAGUAAAUCAACCUAGAUUAUCUAAGGACUGGGCGGGUGUAAUUCCAAACUGCCUACGAGGAUUGGAGUACUUAAAGGCCAUCGACCAACUUCUGGUUAAGCAGAAGGUUGAAAUUUUCGAGGCCAUCACUGGAUUUGAGACCAACAACCGAUACUCCAUUCAAAAUGCUUUGGGGCAAAAAGUAUUCUAUGCUGUGGAGGAAACCGACUGCUGCACACGUAAUUGCUGUCCCGAGAGACCAUUUCAUAUCAGGAUUUUCGAAAAAUAUUUCGAGGAAGAGGUCAUCCAUCUUCACCGUCCUCUGGGGUGCUCCUCUACUUGUUUUCCCUGCUGUCUGCAUAGCAUCGAAAUAUCCGCACCACCCGGAAACGUGAUCGGUCGCAUCCAGGAGGAGUGGUCCAUUUGCCGACCCUGCUUCCGUAUCCUUAACCAAAGUGGAGAUGUCGUGCUGCGUAUUAAAGGACAAGUUUGUUUUUGCCAUAUAUGCGGAAGCAUUGACUUUAAUAUUAUAAAUCUCACUGGUGAAAAGGUGGGCAAGAUCUCGAAACAGUGGUCAGGACUUGGCCGCGAGUUGUAUACGGAUGCAGAUAUCUUCAGAAUCACCUUUCCUAUGGAUAUGGAUGUUAACCUUAAAGCGGUUUUAUUGGGGGCAACAUUCCUAAUUGAUUUUAUGUUCUUUGAAAAGUCAUGCGAAUUUUUAAAGUAUUGCAUAUGUUGCUUAGAUACCUAAAAACUUACAAGAAAAACUUUCGAAGAGUGAAAUAUGAAUUCACGUUAUUAGUGUCCUUUGUUUAUUUCCAAAUAAUUAUUUUCGAGAUGGCAGAAAAUUUAAUGUAUUAAAGUAUUUUUGUUGUUAA